AGUUUCUUUUACCACGUGCUAAUUUUUUGCUCCUCCGUGAAGCGAAAAUCGCCGAGAGGUUGCAUUAAUUUUAUAAAUAAAUAUUUUAAAGAACAAGUUUAAUAAAAAUCAUUCAAAAUGGCUGAAGAAGUUAACCCAAAGGCAUACCCUUUGGCAGAAGCAACUUUAACCACCAAGAUUUUAAACUUGGUCCAGCAGGCCAUGAACUAUAAACAGCUACGUAAAGGUGCCAAUGAAGUAACCAAGACUCUCAAUCGUGGUAUUGCCGAGUUUAUUGUGAUGGCUGCCGAUGCUGAACCAUUGGAAAUAUUGUUGCAUUUACCUCUACUUUGUGAAGAUAAAAAUGUUCCUUAUGUAUUUGUCAGAUCUAAGCAGGCUCUUGGUAGAGCUUGUGGUGUAUCAAGAUCUGUAAUUGCCUGUAGUGUGACUAUUAAUGAGGGUUCACAACUGAAACCUCAAAUACAGUCCAUUCAACAGGAAAUUGAGCGCUUAUUAGUUUAGGUUUAAGAGUUCGUACAAAUAUUUUUGUAUUUUUUUUUCAAUUGACUAAUAAAAUUAUUAUUUAGAACA